UCUUCACAUUUAUCAACAAUGGAAGGCGAAGCCACGGAGACUCAGGCCCAAUGCACCGGCCCCAAAACCAUGAGCACUUCCACCUCCUUCCGGCUACGGAGCCCGAGCCUGAACUCCCUCCGCCUCCGCCGCAUCUUCGACAUGUUCGACCGCAACAACGACGGGAUGAUCACCGUGGACGAGCUGAACCAGCCGCUGAACCUCCUGGGCCUGGAGACCGACCUCUCCGAGCUGGACUCCAUGAUCCGCUCCUACAUCAAGGACGGCAACGUCGGCCUCACCUUCGAGGACUUCGAGGCCCUCCACCGCUCCCUCGACAACGUGUUCUUCGGCCCCGACGAGGGCGGCGACGGCGGCGAGGAGGCGAUCUCCAAGGCGCAGGAGGAGGCGGAGAUGAGGGAGGCUUUCAGGGUGUUUGAUGAGGAUGGGAAUGGGUUCAUAUCCGCGAGGGAGCUGCAGACGGUGCUUACCAAGCUGGGAUUGCUGGAGUCCGGCGGGAAUGAGAUCGAUAGAGUGGAGCAGAUGAUUGCGUCGUACGAUCAGAACCGCGAUGGGCUCGUGGAUUUCAACGAGUUCAAGGAUAUGAUGCGCUGUGUCAUCCGCAAGAAUUGAUUGGUUUGUUAGACCAACUCAAUCAGGAUAAAAAAUAUCAUUAAUUAUACAUAGGAUU